AUGGCGCAGGGGAGCGCCGCCGUGAUCGUGAAGAAGGCCCUCUCGGUCGACGCGCCCGAGUUCGUGACGCCGGCAAACAAAGGGCCCGCGGCGGCCGACGCCGGCGGCAAUGAUGCGACCCCGCCGGGAAACGUCCGAACGGGGAGGAGGGGUGCUUACAGGCCUCGAAAGUCGUUGUCUCGGUCGCAAGAAGCUGUAAAAAGAACAGUCUUUGUCAAAUACAUUGACCACACUAUUACUGAGCAGAUCCUGGCUGCACUAUUCUGGUCAUAUGGGACUGUGGUGCAUUGUCGCAUCUGUGGAGACCACUCGAAUGGUCUCAGGUUUGGUUUUGUUGAGUUCCAACGUGAGGAGGAAGCAUACUCUGCAUUAUUACUUAAUGGAAUCAUUGUCGGGAUGAACCCUCUGAGUGUUUCACCUUCAAGGACUGCAAUCUGCCCUAUCAACCCCAGGUUCCUUCCUCAGUCUGAAGCUGAGUGGGAGAUGUGCUCGAGGACUAUCUAUUGCACAAAUAUCAGCAAGAUUGUCCAAAGUAGUGAUCUGAAAGCCUUUUGCGAGGCAUACUUUGGCAAGGUUUGCCGCCUCAAGCUUCUGGAUAAUGACAGGCCCUCGACAAACUUAGCUUUCAUUGAGUUUGCUGAGGUUGAUGCUGCUAUUGCUGCUCUGGGGUGUGACGGCAUUUUCGCUGGUGGUCACCGAAUCAGGAUAUGCCCAUCCAAGACCCCGAUAAGGGGCUACUGCUAUGGGAGAUCGCCUGUGGUGGCAGGGGCGUUGGUGGACACUAACCAAGUUGCACCACCGGAACUGUUGCCAGUGAAUGGUGGCUCCACCAUGGUUUCUUGAUCCGGUAAUCUACUAAUCAUCAGUUGCAUGUGGCUGACUCAUGUUAUAUUACAUGGGUGUCAUGUAAACUCUCCAGAUUGUUGGGUAUGCUGUGCUUGUUUGUGACUGCAUAUAUUGUAUGUAUGAUUGAGCC